AUGAUUAGAAGCGGUUACUCUGCUGUCGCUGGGAGACGGUUCUUGCAUACCACCAAGGUGAAUCAGGAUUUCUUUUCCUGGUUUGCCAAGAAGAAACAGGAGACAAAAGUUAAGGCUAAGCCUGUUCAAGAGGUUAUGGAAGCUGUGGAGCAAGGUAAAGUUGACUCCUUGGAGGAAACCACCAGUGCGAAAGUGAAGUUGGAGCUAAUACCUGACAAUUUCAUUGGUAUAACUAAACUGGAGCUGAAGAAACAAAGAGAGAAGGAGUUGUUCGAAACUAUUGAGAUUAAUAAAUGGCUUUCCGAUGAUAAAGUUAAGUCUUUGGAAUCUUUGAAUCGAAUCAUAGCCGAGGCGAGCAAGAACGCUGGUAUUGACUCCGCCGAGGGAGCAUUCACUGAUAUACAAUCAAGGUUUGCUUUUGCGAAGAGCCUCCAGAUCAAAACUGGUUAUAUUAUACCUGAUUAUGAAUUGACGAUAUUAAAGUCGCCUUCAGAUAUCCAAAGAUAUUUCAUCGAUAAUAUUUUCUCUGGAAAGUUGGCAAGAUACAAGUCUUCAGAACCAGAUGCCAUUCAUCUGACUCAAGAUACUUAUUCCGCACCCAAUGUGAGAGUUGUAGACAAUUCUGUACCAGUUAGAGAACGUAAACAGAAGCUAAAGACGCUGUUGAAAACGGUUAGAGAUCUCGAAGAAGAACAAACAAGAAGAGUAUUGGAAGAAGCAAGGAACAGUUGA